GUUGGUUAGCUCACAUCUCUAUUGUGUCUCAGUGCGUGCAGCCUUUCAGCAGCUCCUCUGUGCGACUUGCCAAAAAUACAAAUUUUUUGUGCUGGAAAAGUUGAAGAUGACACUUUCUCCAAGAAACUGAGCUUGAAAUGGUUUAUCAGGAUGAUAUUCACACGGCUGUCUCUGAUUGUCAUGCUGUUGGCGCUGGUGAAUGGCGAGAGGAAUGAGAAUGUUGUGCAGCCCUGUGCCGAGGUAAAGACGUCCAGCUCGGUGGUGGUUCUGGGGUCACCUGUGUCGGCCUCCUGUACCAUCAGCGAGGACUGCCCUGUACCCAUCGCCCCAGCUGUGCCCAUAGACUGGCAGCUGGAUGGACAAACUCUCCCCAGCAGCUCUGUGGGCAAUCAGGGCAGAGGGAUGUCUACUGUGGUUAUACCCAACUUCAACAGCACCAUGGCUUACCUCACAUGCACUGUCCAGACCACACCACCGCAGAUAGUGGGAGGGCUGCAAAUCAGAGCUGGAUAUCUUCCAUCAGUCCCUCAAAACCUGCACUGCCAAACUAAUCUGACCACACCCAGCACCAUGUUGUGUAGUUGGGAUCCAGGAAGAGACAGCCAUUUGCCCACAAAGUACAGCCUACAUACCGAUAUAAGAGAUAAAAAGAAAAAUUAUAGCUACAGCUUACCACCAGGGCGGCACCACUAUACCAUCCCCCGCUCUGACUUCACAUGGUUUUCAAACAUGGAGAUCUAUGUCAAAGCCCAGAAUGAGCUCGGUGAGACCACAUCACUACCAGUGUCUGUGGAGCCCCUCAGCGCAGCCAAGUUUGCCCCUCCUGAGCUUCUGAAUGUCCGCGCACUGUCCAAGAGGUACGGCUGUCUGAGACUCUCUUGGAGACUCUCCCUGCACGAGUCCUGGGUCCAAGAUGUGAUGGAUGUACAGGUGCGACUUACGGCUGCAGACAGUGAGUCAGGGAGAGACCAAAGUAUCCAAAGCUUUGAGAGGCGAGCACGGCCAUCCAGAACCAUAGACCAGUGUGGGCUUUUGCACGGGACUCGAUAUGUGGGCCAGAUGCGGGUGAGAUACCGGCAAAGCCCCUGGAGCGAGUGGAGCAGCAGUCGCAGUGGAGUCACCUUGGAGAGCGCCCCCAGUGGAGGCCUCGACUCCUGGAUGAAGGUGUCGGGGGAUCACACGCACAAACAAGUCAGCGUACAUUUGUUUUGGAAGCCGUCCAAACAAUUUCGUGCCAACGGGCAGAAUGUGUCAUAUGUAGUGUCCCGAGUGAAGCAGCCAGGGGAGAGGGGCCAGCUGUGUGCUACUGUAGAGAGGUACUGCACUUUCCAGGCCCCAGCUAAAGCCAGCAAGGUGUAUCUAAGUGCUGUCAACGCGGCAGGAAGGUCACAAGCCAAGUCCAUACGCAUUUACCACAAUAAAGAUUACACAGCUGUUACAGAUCUGACCGUCACUCCAUAUGACGACACAUCGCUUAUGGUCAAGUGGACGAGUGUCGAUAGAGCCUCUCUUCUUGGAUUUGUGAUAGAAUGGAUACCUUUACUAAGGGCAAACCCGGCCAAUCUACAAUUUCAAUCCACAAACAAAAGUCAUACCAGCUUCAUCAUACCAGGCAGCAUUGAGCCAUACAAGCCCUAUGGGAUCUCCGUGUAUCCCAGGUUUAAGGAUGGGAUCGGCCUGCCUCAGACUGCUAAUGCCUUCUCAAGACAAAAGGCUCCUUCAAAGGUUCCAAAACUCAGAAUUGAAAAGACCGGGCAGUUUGAUGUGCAUCUGAUAUGGGAUGAGAUAUCAUUGGACGAGAGGAAUGGCAUAAUCCAAGGUUACAAAGUGUUUUACCGUGAGCAAAAUGGCCCGGUCAAUGUUGUGCUUGCAAAACCAAAUGAGAGGAGAGUCCUUCUUAAGGACCUCAACCCUAUGUCUGUGUAUGAGGCCCGUUUAUUGGUGUCUACUUAUGGCGGGAGUCGUAACGGGUCAACAAUUCAUUUCAAAACUCAAUCUUUUGAUGUGGUUUUUGUUGUGACUGUUGUCUCAAUCAUUAUGUUAUUGAUUUUGACCUGCAUUAUAACAUUUGUUUAUUAUUCCUCUCAUCAUGCAAGAUUUAAGAAACAUUUCUGUCCUCUUAUCCCUGAUCCAGCUAACAGCAGCAUCAAACAAUGGCCAACAGAAUCUUUAGAGGACAUCCUGCCUGCCUUCAGUAAUAAAGAACCCAGCCUAGUUUAUGUGUCUCAUCUCAGCUUCCUGGAUCUUCCAACAAAGAUCCAGAAAGAGGAGGAUGACUGCUGGUUGAACAGUGCAGAUGAGACCAGUGACCUCGGGGAGUCCAUUUGUGGCUCUCCGUUCAUCCCUGGGUACUGCGGAUCCAACAGUGACUCUGUUCCAUACGCCACGAUCCUCUUCUCCAGUCCGAGCAACAGCCUGGCCCCCAGAGAGAACCAUGCCUACCUGCGCUCCGAGUCCACCCAGCCGCUCCUGGAGACAGAGGAGGCCUUCACCCCAAAGAGCUACCAAAACAUCACAGCUGACAAGACAAAGGAGGAGCAGUGCUUUUUUGGUUCAAGUGACAGUGAAGAGAUAGAUCAAGUGCCAGAGCCAGAUAUCAGCUGGGAUCAAUUUCCUUUCCUGAGAGCACUGGCAAUGAAUGAUGCUGAAAAUGAAUAAAAGUGAUUUGUGUGAAUUUCCUAACUUGUGUUUUGAAGGGAAUGCUAUAGAAGUGAGAUUGAUAAACAAUUGUUGAAUAAAAAUGUAGGCCCACUUUCUGUUGGUUUUGAAUAUGUGUCAUAAAAUUGUUGGUUGAGAGAGCACUCAUCAUAUACAAAAAUAAAAAUACAAAACAUGUUUCAUAUAUUUGUACAUACAACAAUUUUCUGUUAAUUAGUUUGUAGGUGAUUGUUUCUAAUGCAUUCUUUUUUUUUUUUUUGUUGAAAUAAAUAUGCUUUUCUAC